AUGGCCCCGAUGUUAAAAGUUGCCCUUGUUCAGUUUCAGGCCAAGCCCCUUUGUGUGCAAGAAAACUUUGACGAAGCGGUUUCAGAAAUACGAUUCGCUGCCUCACAAGGAAGCCAUCUCGUUGUAUUGCCAGAAUAUCACCUCACAUCAUGGGUUCCGGAGGACCCUUCGUUCGCUACAGCUUGUGCAUUUUCCGCGCAAUAUCUUUCGCAGUAUCAAAACCUAGCUAGAGAGUUACAUAUUCACAUCGUUCCAGGGACCAUCGUUGAGCCUGUUACUAUCCAACCAUCGGAUGCCGUUGCUACUUCUCAUCUAGAACAAGACGUACAUGCGGGUGAUCCCAUAGUGGAGCUACACAACAAGACAUACUUCAUCGCUGCGACUUCUGGAGAUAUUCUAGGAACAUACCAAAAGAAGAACCUGUGGCAUGUUGAACGCGGCGUUUUGACUGCUGAUAGGCAAACGCCACACAAAGCGUUUGAUGUGCCGCUUCCCGGUGGCCAUAUAGUGCGAGUCGGUCUGCUUAUUUGUUGGGAUCUCGCCUUUCCAGAAGCUUUGAGACAAUUAGCUGCGGAUGGCGCAAAGAUUGUCAUUAUUCCUGCCUACUGGCACAUCAAAAAAGCCAAUCCAAGACUUCUAGCUCUAAACGCGGACUCUGAAGCAGUGUUCUUGGAUAGCGUUACCGUUGCUAGGGCUUACGAGAACACAUGCGCCGUUGCGUUUUGCAACGCUUGGGGUCAUAGCCAAGUUGCAUUGCCAGUGCUAGGAUCACUUGGUAAACUAGGAGCUGAGAAAGAAGGCUGUCUCAUUAGUGAAAUAGACUUGGAAGCUCUAGAAGUCGCAGAGAACCAUUACAAAGUUCGACAGGAUAUAGGUAGUAAAGAAUGGCACUAUUAG